CAGCCUGAUAAUUAAUGUAUGAGGGAAAAUGCUCUCAGUAUUAUUACAAUGUGUUCAGCCAGUAGAUUGGAGGCUGUGGUUAAAUUCAAUGUUUUACUUUUGGGUAAAAAGCUUUAACUAAAAUCAUAAUCUUUCUUUAUGUCUGACUGUUGAGAAUGUGAAACGGCAUGACUAACUCUUCACAGGUUUUUUUUUUUUCUUUCACUGCUUAUAUCAACUCCUGGGGUUUGACCUAUUUGUAUUUCACUGUCAUCUUGAUUUUGUAUGCCUUCAUAGUCUUCUCUAACGUCCUGCUCAUUGUUGUGAUCUGUACAAACAGGAGCUUACAUGAACCCAUGUACAUGUUUCUCUGCAGCCUGUUUGUCAAUGAACUGUAUGGCAGCUCAGGCUUGUUUCCCUUCUUGCUGGUUCAGAUCCUCUCAAAUCUCCACAUUAUUUCUGCUCCGCUCUGCUUCCUUCAGGUUUUUAUGGUCCAUUCUUACGGGGCGGUUGAAUUUUUAAACUUAGCAGUUGUCUCAUAUGACCGUUACCUCGCUAUCUGUUACCCUCUGCAGUACAACAACAAAAUGACACCCAAAAAGAUUGCCGUACUGAUUGCUGUAGCCUGGUUGUAUCCACUUGUUAUUAUGUCCUUAAUGAUGCCUCUGCUACCGGUGAAGCUGUGUGGGAACCAGAUAAACAAAGUGUACUGUGAUGUUCAUUCUAUGGUUAAACUGGCCUGUACGGAAAGGGCCAUCACGAACAUUUAUGGACUCACUGCUACAUUCAGUACUAUCUUGGUCUCGUUGCUUCUGAUUCUCUACACCUACAUCAAGAUCCUUGUUGUGUGUUUCUCUGGAUCCAAACAAACCCGUCAGAAAGCCUUGAACACCUGUACACCUCACCUGGCCUCCAUCUUGAACUUUUCCUUCGCUGGUAGCUUUGAGAUCUCUCAGAGCAGAUUCAACAUGAGCUUCCUGCCAAAUUUUCUGCGUAUUUUCCUCUCGCUUUACUUCCUAACUGCACAGCCUCUUUUUAACCCGCUGAUGUAUGGCCUGAAGAUGUCUAAAAUAAGAAAUGCUUGUAAAACUGUACUUCUGAAUGUAAACCAGUGA